AUGUCUCUCGCAACACUUGACACAUCGCAACACCCCAACCUCCCCUCCGCAUCCGCGACUCUCUUCCAGGCCAAAGCCGCCAAGAAAUUCAGCUUCGAACAGAUUGCCCAGCACAUCGGUCGCAACGAAGUCGCAACCGCAGCCAUUUUCUACGGCCAGGCCAAGGCCUCGCCGGAAGACAUCACCAAUCUCGCUUCCCUCCUAGAAAUCUCUCAGGAGGCCCUGGAGGAGCAGCUCAGCGGCUUUCCUGAUCGCGGCAAGUCCGUGGAAAUGCCUCCCAAGGAGCCUCUGAUCUACCGCUUGUAUGAGAUCGUGCAAAACUAUGGGUAUGCCUACAAGGCGGUUUUGAACGAGAAGUUCGGCGAUGGUAUCAUGAGCGCUAUCUCGUUCUCGACAAAGGUGGAGAAGGAGACAGAUGCAGAUGGAAACAACUGGGCCGUUAUUACCCUUCGUGGCAAGUGGCUUCCUUUCUCGAGAUUUUAA